UAAACAUGUUUACAUAAAUGUUGGUCUUGUUUUUUUUCUCUGUGUUACUGGCCUAGUCCACAUAGAUGUUUAACUUUGUUUUUUUUUUGUUUAUACAGGCAUCAUUUUUCUUCUUUCCGGAAGAAAAAAUCCAAAAAUCGUCGUAGACGAAUACGAGUACAGCAUAAAUCGUAAAAUGCAACAUAAAACCAUGUGGAUAUGUACGCAUUAUUAUAAAACCCAAUGCAGAGGCAGAGGUACAUCAUUUGGUAAAACAGUCAAAAUUACUGGAAAACACAAUCAUCCGCCAUCCACUUCCUUUAAUAAAUCUAAGGCGGUGUGUAAAUAUGUGACUUUAAUACGUCAGGGUAUGAUCUAUGUGGUUUCUGGUACCAGAAACCCAAUCCUGAUCCUAGACGAAAACGAGUAUACCAUUUACUCAAAGCGACAUGAUAACACAAGAUGGCGAUGCAGUUGGUACUUUAAAACUAAGUGCAAAUCCAGGUUAAUUUCAUCCGGUAAAAUUGUGGAAGUUUUAAAUGAACAUAAUCAUUUGGCGAAGACCAGUAGAAACUUGAGCAAUUGUCAAAGACAGUAUGUUUAUAUCAGAAGACGACUUACAUAGAUAUUAUUAUUGGCAAAUCUUCAAUCCUUUGAUUUCAGUAUGACUUAUUUAUUCUACUUCUUUGAAACUUCACGGCUCUUGGCCCUCAUUCCAGUUAAUGGCUGUUACAGAUUAUUUCGACCAGUGAUGAUAUUUGAAAUAUUUGUUUUUUUUUUAUACAUGUUACAGUUUGAGAAGUAUUAUAAAAGUAGGUCUCAAUAUUACUAGAGAUUAAGCUUUCAAUAAAGACUUUUGAAAUU